CUGCGGUCACACUGGUUGUUGCUGGUGGAGCAGAAGCGCUCAAAGAAAUGAAAACAAAAAUAUGGAGCAGCACAAGAGUCGCCUGGGGUACACCCUCGGCAUGCUUAGCCUGUUCCUCCUCGGAGCCGUGCUCUUUCUGAUCGGCUUCUUUCCGGCAUCCUACUCGGCGGCGGAGAAGGACAGCACAGUACCCGAGGGCCGGCCCACCACAUUGCACGGCGUAAAAUUGGAGCCACCACCACCUGCCUACGAUUCCUUUAUUCUGUUCCUGGUCGACGCACUGCGAAACGACUUUCCGGAUGCAACGUCCAUGCCGGUGGCACAUUCCAGGGCCUGUGAAAGGCUCACCCUUCAUGUGGACAUACCGACGGUGACGAUGCCACGCCUAAAGAGUAUCACCACCGGAACUCUGUCCAACUUCAUCGAUAUAGCCCUCAACGUGGGGCACACCGAGCAAGUGGAAGACUCGGUACUGCAUCGAUUAAAGCAGCGGAAUCGAGUAGUGUCCUUCGCCGGUGACCACACCUGGGUGAAUCUUUUUCCCAGCGAGUUUACGCGACGUGCGGAGAACAACGAUUCGUUUUUUGUCAACGAUUUCUACGAAGGCGAUAGAAAUGUGACUAAAGUACUGGAAUCCGAACUGGACAAGAGUGACUGGUCGCUGCUGAUUCUGCACUAUCUGGGACUGGACCACAUUGGUCAUGUCGAGGGAAAUGCCAGCCCAAGGAUUGCCCUCAAGCUGAAGGAAAUGGAUGAGGCGGUGCAGAAGAUACUGGAGCAUAAGAGCCUUCCCAACUAUCUGCUGAUGCUAACUGGUGAUCAUGGCAUGGCCGAUGGCGGAGGACAUGGCGGCAAUACGCCGGCCGAAACUCUGGUACCGCUAUAUCUCUACUCAAAGAACUGCAGCAAGGCCAUAUCCAGCACAAAAACCUACAAUCAAAUCGACCUGGCUCCCACUCUCUCCGUACUACUGUCCGUGGAGAUACCCACGCCGUCUAUCGGCAGCCUGAUACCAGAGAUGCUGCAAUCGCUGUCCCUGGAACACCAAUUGUACGCCUACUUCUACAAUGCCCAUCACCUGCUCAACAAGGCCCGGGUGAAGUUCGGCCACGACAGGGUGCAAUGGAGUGAUUACUACACCUGGUAUCAGAACGCCACAUUGGUCCACAAAAAGCUGCUCUUUCAUAUGAGAGAUGGAGACGGAAGUGGAGCUAGCCAGGUGCUGUACCAUAAUGCCAAACUGAAUUACAUGCGGGUUGCACGAGUGAUUUCCGGUCUGCUCUCCGAGUCACUGGUGAAGUUUGACUACGGAUUUAUAGCCCUGGGUCUCACAUUGACUACGGCGGCAUCGCUGCACAUGGUGAUCAGCGUCCUGUACCUGGAUUUGACCGAACAGCUCCACCUGGACAGUUUGAACGUGGGUCAGCUGGUUGUUUCCGUGAUUGCGGCUGUUCUCGUCAAUAUGACUAGUCAUGCGUUGGACAUUAUUCGGACGAGCUCCUGGCUGCAAAGCUUCAUGCUAUUGAUUCCCCUGGCCAUCUCCGUUUAUCUGACAAUCGAUGUGGCGCAGGCGCUGCUCAAGAUUGCCUUGCCACCGAUAUAUACGCGUCGCCUUAAGUUGUCCAUUCCACUACCGCUACCUCUGCUUGCCUGUUUUGCUAUUCGCACAUUGACACUAGGCUCCUCCUCGUUCAUUGAGUUCGAAUACAAGACGUGGUAUUACCUGGGCAACACCCUUAUCCUGCUGACAGCCUUCAGGACCCUGCGUCGACGGAUCACCAAGACCAAUGUGGAGUUGGACGGACGGCAUUUGUAUACGAUUGCCUCGACGUGUCUGUGGCAGAUGAGGAAGGUGUUUGUGAUGCUGAUGAUGCUCACCCUUAUGCGCUACAUCCACCGGCUGCAGGCCAUCCGGAGCACCAUUAUGAUAUUCUCACUGUUGCUGUUGUGGGCUCGCCUGCAUCGCCACAGCGCAAGCUGGAUGCAGUCGGUGGCCAGUGGAGCGGCUUUGUGUAUGGUCUACUGCUUUCGUGGGCUCAAUGGCCAGGUGCACUUCAUCGAACUGGCACCGUAUCUGGCCUCCAAAUUGAUGGUGCCCACGUUGGUGAUCUUCUGGUGCUGCCUGGCGCUGGUUCUAGGGCUGGGCUAUCGGGAAGCCUUGCCUCAAACCCAUCCGACCUUGGGCACGAGAAGCGUGUUGCUUCAACUGCUUCAGACUAACCUGUCCAGCUCCCUGCUGUUGGCUGCUCUUCUGCAAAAGGUGCAGAACAUACUACUGCUUCCCGUCCUUCUUGUGGCCUUGCAGCAAACCUACAAGCUGUGCGAUGUCUUUGGGACCAGCGCCCGCAAGUUUUCGGUGCGCUUGGUGCACGUGUACAAGAUCAUCAUGACGGUAUUCUUGGCCAGAAUGUUUUACUUCUAUCAGGGCAACUCGAACAGCCUGUCCACCAUUGACCUGACACCCGGUUACAUAGGGCAGACCAGUUACAACCCCGUCAUCGUGGGCCUCUUCGUCACCCUAAACACGUAUGGAGCGGAGAUACACGCAUUCCUCUAUUUGAUUGUCCACACUUUACGCUCGGAUCUGCGUAGCGUGGGAAUCAUGCAGCUACAGCCACCCUAUUCCAUCGCCGCUGACUCGCUAAUAGCUCCGCUCUACGCUGCACUCAUCAUGCUGCCGGCGGCCUUCUACCUCUGCCUGAUGGUUGGCUUUCGCUACCACCUCUUCAUCUAUUCCGUCUUUUCGCCGAAGGCUUUGUACGACUGUUACACUGUACUGGUAUUCUAUUUGGUGUUUUUAGUAACGAGUUUGUACUUUAAAUUGUUUAAAAAUGACGCUUAAAAUAGGAAUUAAUUUAAGAACGCUUAAGGCUAAUACAAUAUAUAGAAAUUGAUCGAUUGAGCUACAGA